AUGCACAGAUAUUUCAGGGCCUACUUCGCGGCGGUACUGAGUAACAGCGGUGGGAGCGAUAGUGGCGGCGGGAGUGCCGCUGGCUGCCCCCCCUGGGGGCACGAACUCGCAAAAAUCAUUUUGCGCAAGUUGGCUUGCCCCGACAUCCUAGGCAUUCUAAACAAGGAGAGCAUAAAGGAGCUGCUCAAAGGUGUUAGUCACUCAGUUCGCUGCAACGCAAGUCUACUGAUCCUCCUUCGGGAGGAGUUUCUAGAAAUACUCAAAAAUGAAUCCUCCUUGUACUACCACUUGGUGAGCGAAAAGGUGUUGCAGAUGGUGGCGCAGAAUAUGAAGCGUAUGGACAUCACAUGUGAAAAUAUUGAAAGCUAUUACGUCACUUUGCAUUCCUUUUUCUGUGGGGGAGAUUACACGCAGGUGAAGUUUUGGGUCUCCUUAAUUCACGCCUUUACCAGUAUAGCCAUAUACUGCCAGGACUUCGCCGAAAGUGUAUUGCGUGUGUAUGCGGCAUUUCUUUCGAGGAGCGACGUGACUUUGAUGCUGAAGCACAUCGUCUCUGAGCACGUCGGGAUGAUAAAGAACGUGUCUUACGUAAAGGGGGGGUUCUUCCCUUAG